GCGGCGUCCGCCCCUGAGGGACAGCGCGCUGACGCAGGUGAGAGGCUAUACCAGGAAGAAUGACUUUGAAAAUUAAAGCAUUAGUUGAAAGGAGGAGUGUUCCGUCUCUUCUCCACAGAGCUCUGCAAGAACAGCCUAGAACCAGCAUGGAAAGACCUUCUGCUGCCAUGAACACCUGUGCAUUUCUGAUGGCAUUUGCCUGCUCCAAUAGGACUCUGCUGAUUGACAGCCUAGUGGAGCUCACAAGAGGCCUGCAGAGGCAGGAGCAGCAUCUUUUUCUCUUCAAUGAUCUGCUUGUUGUGGCCAAAAGCAAGUACAACAAUAAGUUUAAGUUGAAAAACAAGAUUAAAUUAUCUGACAUGUGGACAGCAAGCUGUGUCGAUGAACUGGGAGAUGGUAAGAGCAGUGCUAUGAAAUCCUUUGUCUUGGGCUGGCCCACUCAGAACUUUGUGGCCACUUUCAGUUCUCCAGAACAAAAGGACACAUGGCUGUCUCUCCUUCAGAGAUACAUUGAUCUCGAGAAACAGAAGGACUAUCUGAAGAGCAUUCCCCUCAAAAUAUUCACCGAAGAUAUGGGGAAUUGUGUCCAUGGUUGUGAGAGAGAUUACCAGUUAUGCAUCAAUUCUGGGAAAAAAGCAGUACUGUACCCACUAAUUGACCUCUGGAGAGGGGUGACACCAAUGGAGAGUGGAUGCAGAGAGGUGGCCUUCUUUGUGAGUAGGAGAUUCACAUUGGAAGACAUCUGAAAAGGACAACUUACUUGUGUUACUGCCAACAUCUCCUCCUGUGGCAGGAGAGCUCCUUGGACUUUCUUUGGAAAAUACCUCUGAGAACGACACACAUGAGGUUGUUGAUGCCCCAUGUGUCAAUACAGGAAAGACAGUUGCCCAGGGAAGCAGAAACAUGGCCUCUAUUUUAAAGUUCACUGAUGACAUCCUCAAGCUACAGAGGUGCAGGAUGUUUUAAAGAAAACUGACUGUGACUUGGAGCACUGUAAUGAAGAAAGUGCUCAAAUAGAACAUCCACUUGAGCCCAAACUUUUUGGAGUCUCUCUGAAAUACAUUUGUAAGAACGACAAUCUGCUGACACCUAUCAUGAAUAUUCUUUUGUUCCUGAAUGACAAAGCCCCUCUCAAGGAAGGCAUCUUCUUUGUACCGGCUGACAUGGAAUACUGCCAACAACUAAAAGAAAAACUUAAUUGUGGAGUACUGGUACAGCUGUACUGGGAAAAUGCCUUUGUGCUGGUGUCUAUUUUAAUGGCUCUUAGAGAAGCUUCCAAGAGCAAAUGUCGUGCUCUUGAACUAUCUAUUUGCCUUACUAUGCAAUAUUGAGAAAAAUUCUGCAUCAAAUUAGAUGGAUUCAUCAAACCUGGCAGCAUGUGUGCCUCCCACGAUUGUUUGGCCUGCUACUUCCUGCCGCCCAGAACCAGAAAAUGAAUUGGCAAGAAAGGUUCUGUUGCUCUUUCAAUUUAUGCUUGAGAAGUGCCAAACUUCUUCUUUUGAGAAGAAGUCACAUCCCUUUAUGGAGAAUUUUCAGGAACACAUGGCACUAGAAGAAAUGCCUCAGAUUUUUUGUACUUUGAACUGAGUACUCUUCCUCAGUAGACAGCCUGGAGUGUCCUAAACAAGGAUAUUUAUGCUCCAUUCCCUGAUGUGGCGAAGGACCUUGGGCACUAGAAGACAAGCAUACAGUCUAUGUUAAUGGACAUUGAGAAUCUUGAGCCAGCCGAGGUGGCAUACCUUUUAUCACUCAAUGACUUCUUCUUGGAGCAUCCUGAAUAGGAAGCUGGUCAGAUGGAUGGGCCUCUUAAAGCCACACCACAUUUUCAUUCUCACAAAUAGUUUUGAGCUUGAGAACACAGGUGUUAGUAUUAUCUCCAUUUUAUGGCAUGGAGACUAAGACUCAGAGGGUUAAAGUCACUUGUCCAAGGACACUUAAAAAGUGAAUGGCAGAAUGAAGGCUCUUGGGCUGGUUUGCUGACUAUGGACCCACGCUCUCUUAAGGACAAGAUAGUGCUCAAGAUGGAGGGAUGGGACUCUUCCCAUGGACCUUCUGGUUAUCCAUCUUUAUUUUCUUCAUUUUCCUCCAUCCUCUCCUCUUCUCCCCACCUCACAUUGGCACUUCUUCCUCUUGGCUGCAUUGUUGUGUCUUCAAAUGCCUGCACUGGAUUAGCCCUCAUCUUAUUGUUAUCAAAGUUGUUGAAAAGUGGGAAAAGUGCAUCUCCAUGUCUUUGAAUGGAAUUCUGUUUCUGGUAAACCAUAAAGUGCUGUAAAGAGAAGGAUUUCUGGCUAGCUUUUGAGGCAGGUCUCUUACAGGCAAAGCAGAGGUACGUGUGCUGUGUCACUUCUAAACCCUGCCCAUUUGGCUUAGACCUGGAAAUAGGCCCUGGCUGUGAACAAGCAGCAUGUGAAUCAGAAGAGAAUUUAGGUGGCGGAACCCACAGAGUAGUGACUGUGCUGUGAUAAUGUGUCAGAAAAGCUGGACUUGCCUUUGUCUUGAUUCACACAACCAGGGAAAAACACUAGGUCCAAGCUGUCAUUGUUGUGUGUUCUUGGCUUCUCUUUUUACUGAAAGAGUUUGAUAUCCAAAACACAACCCUAGGUGCAUGCUGAUUUCUUUUAAGUCUUCUCGAUUCCCCUCCAAAUUUCUGUAAGGCAUCCCUGUAUUCUCUAGUUAUCAUUUAUUUUACCUAUUCUGAAUUUCACUUAUCUAUUUUGCUUUACCUACAGUGCCUUGGGAGAGCAUCCAUCCUGGGAACCUGUAAUAUGCUUGCUAAACUAAAACUAAGGUGAUGGCCAAUGUCAUUGCAUUAAAAUGAUUGUGAAUUGGAGUUUUCAAAGGCCUGUUAUCAGGGGUCAAGGGCUAUUUUGUUUAUUCCCUGCUCUCCAGAAGCCCUGAUGAUUUGUUCUAAAUCAAAUUGUUUUAAAUGAAUAA